AUUUUGUAUUAUAUAGUGAGCAAAAAGAAAUGGGGAGAGCACCAUGUUGUGCUAAAGAGGGGCUUCGUAAAGGUCCAUGGUCUACAAAAGAAGACUUAUUACUUACAAAUUAUAUUAAGGAAAAUGGUGAAGGCCAAUGGAGAAACUUGCCCAAUAAAGCUGGGCUACUUAGAUGUGGGAAGAGUUGUAGGUUAAGAUGGAUGAAUUAUCUAAGGCCAGGAAUCAAGAGAGGAAAUUUCAGCCAAGAUGAAGAAGAUCUUAUAAUAAGGCUCCAUUCUCUUUUGGGCAAUCGUUGGUCACUCAUAGCAGGUCGAUUACCUGGUCGAACCGACAAUGAAAUCAAGAAUUACUGGAACACUCACGUAAUCAAGAAGCUCAAAAUUGCUGGAAUUCAGCCCAAACUCCACAAAGUGCACAAAGUUUCCCCCAAAAAAGAGCCCAAGAAAAAGCCCAAAACAGAAAAUCCAAGAAAAAAACAAGACAAAAAGAAGAAAAAUAAUAAGAAAAAAGACCAAUCUUUAGACACCCUUCAAGUUGUGUUUGUCCCAAAGCCAAUUAGACUUUCCUCUGGACUUAUAAGGAAUUCUAGUGUUGAAGAUGUUGCAUUAUUGAGCAAUUCAUCCUUAUGUUGUUCCGACUCACCUAAAAUGUUGCCUCAAACGUGUCAGGUCCUUAAAAAAUGCACUAUUUCUGAAGGAUCUGACAUACACCUGUCUGCAUUUUUGAAGAGUCCGAGCAACAUAGCUUCGCCCUCAAAUAGUUAUGAAGAAGGUGAUAAUAACAACAAGAAGAUUAAUGUUAUUACCAAUGAUGAUGAGAAUGUUGAGGGUAAAAUUAAAGAGGUUUCAUUUAUUCCUUGUGCUUCAAAUUUGUUAUUUGAUGAAGUACUACUAGAUGGAUUUUGUGAUCUUUCAAAUGAAAGCAUGUUGGAGAAGGUUUAUGAAGAAUAUCUUCAACUUAUUUCUGAAAAAUGUUAUCAAGAUGAUCCAAUGUUAAUGUAG